CCGGCGUACAGCAACGCUCGUUGCCCAGGAAUCGAGUUUCCUCGCCCCCGUCUCGGUGUCCUGUCGCACGCGACACUUCUCCCUCUUUAGUCGCCCAUCGCCGCAAUAUCCCGGCCAUGUCCCAUUGAACACUAUCGAGCGCGGGGCAUUGGCCUUUGGCUCUGCGUUCGGGGCGCUGAUGAACCCUCGUCGAGCGGAUCUCAUCGCAGCCUGCGGCGAAGCCACCGCCACACCCUACUUCAUCUACCGCCUUCGCGACGCAAUGCUCUCAGACCCAACGGGGCGGCAGAUCCUACGCGAACGACCACGCAUGACCUCCGAGACGCUCCGCCUUCCCUACCUGCGCUCACUGCCCGAGAACUCCGUCGGCCGGACCUACGCGGUCUGGCUGGACCGCGAAGGGGUGUCGCCCGACACGCGCGACAGCGUGCAGUACAUCGACGACGAAGAGUGCGCGUACGUGAUGCAGCGGUACCGCGAGUGUCACGACUUCUACCACGCGCUGACGGGCCUGCCUACGUUUGUGGAGGGGGAGUUGGCGCUGAAGGCGCUGGAGUUUCUGAAUACGUUGAUCCCGAUGACGGGGCUGAGUAUGUUUGCGGCGGUGAGGUUGAAGCCGGCGGAGAGGGAGAGGUUGGUCUCGUUGUGGUUGCCGUGGGCGGUGCGGAGCGGGUUGUCGAGUAAGGAGUUGAUUAAUGUUUACUGGGAGAAGAUUUUGGAGAAGGAUGUGGAUGAGUUGAGGGGGGAGUUGGGCAUCGAGAGACCGCCGGAUAUGAGGGAGAUUCGGCGCAUGAUUAGAGAGCAGAAGAAGAGGGAGAAGCAGAGGUUGGAGCAGCAGUAGGCUGUGAG